CACGUCCCGCCUCCGCGCCGGGCCGAACGCCGCGCCUGUGGUCCGCUGCGGGCGGCGCCCUCCCGGCGUGGCUGGGCGCCGGCCCCCCGCCUCCGUCGUCUUCCCUUUGUGCCCUCCGAGCACCGCCCGCGGGCCUCCCGCCGAGCGUGCGCGCCGCCGCCGGCCCGGUCCCCGCGUCGCGCCCUCCGCGCGCCCGGGAAAGGCUUCCGGACGCCGGCGGAGGCGCGGUGACCGCGGCCGGGUCCUCGGAGGCCGUCCUCGCCGCCGCCUCCACCGCCUCGUCCCGCGCCCGCCUGGCGCCAGGGGCACGGCCCGCGCGGGCUCGGGACGGGCAGUUUCCUAGGGUCACUGCAAACUCCUGAUUUCUGCCAGGACUUACCACUCAGGCCAGUGAGGCAGGAGAUAAGGAGACUUCCAAAGAAGGCCCGUUCCUUGGAUGUGCCGCCUCACAGAGAGAUGAAGGGGCAGCAGAAAACAGCUGAAACGGAAGAGGGGACAGUGCAGAUCCAGGAAGGUGCCGUGGCAACUGGGGAGGACCCGACCAGUGUGGCUAUUGCCAGCAUCCAGUCAUCUGCCACCUUCCCCGACCCCAACGUCAAGUACGUCUUCCGAGCUGAGAAUGGGGGCCAGGUGAUGUACAGGGUGAUCCAGGUGUCUGAGGGGCAGCUGGAUGGCCAGACCGAGGGGACUGGUGCCAUCAGCGGCUACCCUGCCACUCAGUCCAUGACCCAGGCGGUGAUCCAGGGUGCGUUCACCAGCGACGAUGCAGUUGACACGGAGGGGACGGCCGCGGAGACACACUAUGCUUACUUCCCUGGCACUGCUGUGGGCGACGGGGCGGCAGGGACCACGGCAGGGAGUGCAGCGGCUGUUGUCACCACCCAGGGCUCGGAGGCACUGCUGGGACAGGCCACCCCUCCUGGCACCGGUCAGUUCUUCGUGAUGAUGUCACCACAAGAAGUGCUGCAAGGAGGAAGCCAGCGCUCCAUUGCCCCCAGGACCCACCCUUACUCCCCGAAGUCAGAAGCUCCCCGGACGACUCGGGAUGAGAAACGCAGGGCUCAGCAUAAUGAAGUGGAGCGGCGCCGCCGGGACAAGAUCAACAACUGGAUUGUGCAGCUGUCCAAGAUCAUCCCCGACUGCUCCAUGGAGAGCACCAAGUCAGGCCAGAGUAAAGGUGGGAUUCUCUCCAAAGCCUGCGAUUACAUCCAGGAGCUGCGGCAGAGCAACCACCGGCUGUCUGAGGAGCUGCAAGGGCUGGACCAGCUGCAGCUGGACAACGAAGUGCUUCGCCAGCAGGUGGAGGACCUCAAGAACAAGAACCUGCUGCUCCGCGCCCAGCUGCGGCACCACGGCGUGGAGGUGGUCAUCAAGAGCGACAGCAGCUGACGGCUCCCUGUGGCGGAGCGGCAGGAAGCCUGGAGCAGCGGCUCCCGUGCCGUGCCUUCCCUGCCCUGCCCACUUCUGGCACGAGACUGGGAGGCUCAGAGGGUGUGUCGGGCAGCAGCCUGCAGGGUGUGAAACACGGAGGGGCACUGGCAGACAGCCCGGUGCACACUCGGUGUCCGUGCUGGAUGCUGGACACACCCAGUGGGCCUGCCUGGUGCCUGCUGAUGUGACACCUGGCUGCCCCGGACUCGGGGCUUUCGCGGUUCCCCCUUUCCCUGGAGCUCAGGGGUGCACCUGAGGACGCCAGGGGACAGGCUUCAGCAAGACGUGGGGGAAGGAGCAGUGGCCGCUGCCCCAGAAGGUUGGGCAGCGGCUGAGACUUACGCAGACGUCCGGGGAGAACCAUAGGCAGGGCCCACGUGGGCCUUCCCCCUUGUGGGGACGGUUCCCCCUUUUUCUUUUGUUUCCAAGAUAAAGUGUUCAGAGCCGC